AUGGAAUCGGGGAUUUCAUUAAACUUUCGAUACAGUUUUCUCGCGCUUUUCACAACAUAUGGACUAUCAGGAAUAGUUAUGUUACUUUUUGGGACGUUGUGUCUUUUGGAUGCGUUGGGACUGGAGAGGCGCGUGUUGUUGAGUAGAUCUGUGAUUAUAAUCUCGUUAACACUAUCCUCACUAAUAACAAUCACCACCCUUCUCGCAAUCCACGCCUACAAAUUCGAAUACGCGCGAAAAUCGGUAUUGAUCGUGCUCAUCGCAGUGGUGAUCUUUGUGGCGGUAUGUUCGAUCAUGAUCGGAGGUGUAAUUUGGCGUGAAUCGGUGAGAUCGAGAGACGAGUUGGCGAACGAGUGGCGACAAUGGACUGACACGAAUGCCUGUACGUCGUCGUCAUCACCAUCACAACCAUCGGCCGGAGUUGUAUACAAAAUAGUGGCAAGAGCACCUCCAAAACCUUCAAACAAAAAUGUUCUACCUGUCAAUCCUGUACAUGACAAUGUUCACGCUCACGAUUAUGUACCUAUUGUUUGUGUUUGUCAUGGUGUUGAUGCUGAAUGCGCAGCGACCUCGCAUUUGCUGCCACCUCCCUCGUCAGUUCAAACCACUUCUUUUGAACUGAAUCGUCUGUUGAAUUCGGACGAUCGCGGAUUAUCACUCCCACCUCUUAAUGCCCACCCAACAUCCUUUUUGCCCCACAGAAUACCGUAUUCGUAUCAAACACAACAACCACCACCUAACACUUCUCAGUAUAGACAUCCUGAUUAUCAUCCAUUACCGCAUUCUGUUCAAAGACAAUCACAGCAGCAGCAGCAAUCACCAUCUCAUCCAUCUCCACCUGCGUACUCGUCUUGGGAAUAUUCUAGAACGAGUCAAAAUAAUUCAUAUAAAAUGGAUCAUGUCUCGUUACCACCGACUAGUCAGACGCAUUCAUUCUAUCAAGAUCGUCGAAUGUCUAAUCACAAUGUUCACACGACGAAUUUACACUCACCACCUUCGUCAGAACACGGUCGGACAGGAAAGAAGGGGAUAACAAAUCAAGAAGAACUUAUCCGUCCUUCGCCGGUAAUGUCUAUAACGCAACUGCUAAGCGAACCACCAAUCGAAGAAAAAGCCUACGCAUUUAUAAAAUCUCAGAACGGUUCUUCGACUAGCAUUGCAAACUCUCUUCAUCAUCAUCAACAGCAAGGAGACGAUGACGACAAUGAUGUAUAUAAAAUGUCGCGUCAUCAACAACAUUAUCAUUCUACAACGUCAAAUCGUAAUGUACAACAUUCUCGUGACUAUGGCAAAAACAAUAACGAGAAUGAUAAUGGCGAGAACGAUAACGACAGUGAAAGUGUCGAAACGGUUACUGAUGUUGAAAAAAACGUGAUAAAAAUCGAGUCUUCUGCUGAGGAGGUGGAAGAGUCAAAAAUGGGUGAAGAAGUGGAUGAAGAGAUACAAGAAGCAGAAGAUGAGAAGGAUAAAGAAGAAAAAGCAAAGAGUAAUGGGCUGAUGGGAUCAGAUCACGAAAACAUCCUACUUCAUUCAACAUAUGAAGACAAGUCCAAAGAUUCCCAAGAUGCAUUAUUGUUAUUAAAAGACACUGCUACUACAGAUUUACAAUCUAAUUAUAGUCUGUCGUCUUCCUCAGUUCCACAAUCACCACUGGAUCCUGCUGUACAAGAUUCGCAAGCGACUCAGGAUGAAGAUGAUUCUCAAGAUAUAGUGGCUGAUAAUCGUCAAAUAUCAUCAAAGAAAAUUGCAGCAGCCAGUAAUAGAGUAUCAUUAUCAUCUGAUCCUUCAUUAUUGUUAGUCUCACAACAAGAGUCAAAUGGCGAUAAGCAGCAAAUCACACUAACUGUUUCGGAAUUGAAGCAACAUCAACAACAACAAUACGGGUCCAGUGAGUACACCGAAGAAACUAGUGCUUCGGAGAGCGAGAGCGAUUUGGAUAUGAUGGAUGAUUCAAAAUAUGACGAGGUUUUGGUAAAUUAUAUGGUUGAUAUAUAUCGCCGUCAGCAACGAGUCAUCGAUCUAUACAAGAAGAGAUGCAAGGAGAAAAAGGAAAUACUAAAUAAAAGAUUUUUGUCGCGUAUCCAAAAUCGCGAAGGAUUCUUCCACUACCCGCAGCACCAUCGUCUAAGUUUACUAGCCAAUAAAGAGAACCGUCGUACCUCACCCGCGGCAAAGAUUUUACGCGGUGGCCUUAUCGAAAAAUUAAGGAUGUCUGAGAGAAAGAGAGGGCGUGGUGGUAGAUCUGCUGAGGAAGAGAGUGAGAUCGAAAGGCAUCAUAUAGUAAAUAAGAAAAUGGCCAAACAGCGUGAGGCUUAUGAAGAGGAGGAACGAAGAGGAAUUUGGCGGGAUAUUUGUCGAAAUGCUAUACCAAGGAUGACCAAAAUUGUUAGUCAAUCAUAUACUUCUCGAACAAACAACUGCCGAAAAAUUGCACAGUUGUGUCAGAAAGAAGCACGUAAAGCCGCAUUAAAAUCAUGCAAGUCCACCAAAGAUGUUCAAACGAAAGCUAGACAGGCCAUGCGACAGAUGCUAAUAUUUUGGAAACGAAACGAAAAAGAAGAACGCGAAAUGCGUAAAAAAGCUGAGAAAGAAGCAAUGGAGCGAAUGCGCAUCGAAGAAGAACGGCGUGAAGCGCAGCGACAAGCGCGAAAGCUUAAUUUUCUUAUUACCCAGACUGAAUUGUAUAGCCAUUUUGUUGGAAAAAAGAUUGGCACCGCAGCAGCGGAAGAAACGUCGGAAACUUCAGCAGCCGUCGAGGCUGAAUCCUCGUCGUCUUCUAUUAUGAUGAUGACUGAUACGUAUGCGACUUUCGAAACUAAUCUUACAUCAAUAGAUAUUACUGCUUUCACAGAAAUCAAUUUCGAUGAAGAGGACGAUGAAACAUUGAAGGAAAAAGCACGUGCAAGUGCACAAAAUGCUCUUGCGCAAGUAAGGGAACAUACACGCCACUUUGACGUUGAAAGACGAUUAUCUUCCGCGAACAAGGAAAUGUCUGUUUCUCAACAGGACUUGGACCAAAUGAACUUCCAAAAUCCGUCGAGUAUGCCCUCCUUCUCAGAAAUCAAACAACCCGGUAUGUUAAUGUGUCAACUGAAAGAAUAUCAAUUGAAAGGCUUGAAUUGGCUUGCGAAUCUUUAUGAACAGGGUAUCAAUGGUAUUCUAGCUGAUGAAAUGGGUCUAGGAAAAACUGUCCAAUCGAUAUCGUUAAUGGCACACCUAGCAGAGACACAUAAUAUCUGGGGUCCAUUCUUAGUUAUUGCGCCGUCAUCGACGUUGCAUAAUUGGCAGCAAGAAAUAACAAGAUUCGUUCCGGCGUUAAAGCCACUUCCGUACUGGGGAAAUCCUAAAGAUCGUCAAACACUACGUAAAUUUCUGAAUAGGAAAAAUCUUGUAUAUUCCAAAGACGCGCCGUUUCAUGUUGUAAUCACGAGUUAUCAAUUGAUUGUCCAAGAUAAAUCCUAUUUUGAUAGGACAAAAUGGCAAUACAUGGUUCUCGAUGAAGCACAAGCAAUCAAAAGUUCAUCAAGCGCCCGUUGGAAAACACUUCUCGCAUUCCAAUGCCGUAAUCGUCUCCUACUAACAGGUACACCAAUUCAAAACAGCAUGCAAGAACUAUGGGCUCUUUUGCACUUUAUAAUGCCGACACUUUUUGACUCGCACCAAGAAUUCAGCGAAUGGUUCUCAAAAGAUAUCGAGAGCCACGCGGAAAACAAAGGAUCGCUAAACGAGCACCAGUUACGCCGGCUACACAUGAUUCUGAAACCAUUCAUGUUGCGCCGAAUAAAGAAAAAUGUACAGAAUGAACUCGGGGAUAAGAUUGAGGUGGAAGUAUCUUGCGAACUGAAUGCACGACAACGAAUGUUGUAUCGUGGGCUUCGUGAAAAGAUUUCGGUGGCUGAGUUGUUGGAGAAAGCAACGUCGUUGAAUGAGAAUGAAAGUGUGGACAGUUUGAUGAAUUUGGUGAUGCAAUUCCGGAAAGUUUGUAAUCACCCGGAAUUAUUUGAGAGGGCUGAUGUGGUAGCGCCGUUGGCUUUUUGUGAUUAUAGUUCUACAUUCAUGAUUGCAAGGGAAGCAGAAUUCAUGUAUAUUCCAUAUUCGUCGAAAAAUGUGAUCGAGUAUUCUAUUCCCAAAAUAAUUUAUCGGGACGGAGGAAUGUUAAAUGUUCCUUGUCACGGCUCAAAAGCAGGUUUUGACACUAAAUAUCUUGACCACCUGAUGAACAUAUGGCGACCAGAUUAUAUUCAAGAGUCGUUAACGGAUGUCGUUAAUGAUACAUUUUCAUUUUUGAGAUUUAUUGACACAAGCCCAUCAGAGGCAUCCUCAAUUUUCUUUGGCCCUCUAAUAAAUCGUUGGGUGUUGCAUCUCUUGAAGCGUGUCCAUCGAACAAGACGACGAUUUUACAUUACAACUGAUAACGAAAGUUAUCCUGAAGCUCCAUUAAAUACAUAUGCGUCAUUAAUAAUUAUGCAAACUGCGCCUAUUACAUCUCCCAUGAACGUCGAGAUGUCACCUUUGCUUUUAGAAUUGACAAAUAUUUAUGAACACACUACUCGUUACGAACUAUCAAUUUUGGAUCCUUGUUAUAUGCCUAAAGUUGUCGCGCCACCUAUUGAGCCGGUGUGUCUGGACAAAUGUUUCUAUAAUGAUCAAGAACGGAUUUUAUUCGACCAAUCGUCACGUAAUAUUUUGCUUGGUACCAACCCGUUAAUAUCUGAGGUUGACACAAUUAAUGAUUUUGGACGGUACUUGGCCGAGUCGGAAGGAAAAGGCCUGUUAGGACAAACUGCUGUUCUUAUGCGAGUUCCAGCUAUGCAGAAACUAAUAAUGGAUUCUGGCAAGCUGGCAAAACUUGAUAAAUUGUUAGAAGAACUAAAAGCUGGCGGUCAUCGUGUCUUAAUAUAUUUCCAGAUGACGAAAAUGAUUGACUUAAUGGAAGAGUAUCUCGCCUAUCGUCAAUACAAGUAUCUGCGACUAGAUGGUGGGUCAAAAAUAGCUGAUCGUCGUGAUAUGGCUAAAACUAAUACGCGUGCGGGUGGUCUCGGUAUUAAUUUGACGGCCGCCGAUACUGUUAUUUUCUAUGAUAGUGAUUGGAAUCCUACAGUCGACCAACAGGCUAUGGAUCGUGCACAUCGACUUGGUCAAACAAAACAAGUAACCGUAUACAGACUUAUAACAAAAGGCACGAUAGAAGAAAGAAUUCUUCAACGUGCCAAACAAAAAGAUGAAAUCCAAAAAGUUGUCAUCUCAGGAGGUGAAUUCAAACAAGUUGACUUUAAGCCACGUGAGAUUGUGUCGCUGCUGCUCGAAGAUGAUGAACUGGAAAACAAGUUACGCGAACAACAACUAAAACGAAAA